AUGACGAGUAGUAAGUUUAAAUACACGUGGGGUAUAGUUUAUUGUCAAGAGACAGAUCAGAUCCUUCUACUCAACAGAGAAAAACACCCAUGGAUGGGCAGAUGGAAUGGAGUUGGAGGGAAGUUGGAUCAAGAAGAAGACCAAUUGACGUGUAUUAUCAGAGAAACUUGGGAAGAAACUGGUUUACAUUUACCACAAUAUGAGCCUCGUGGUGUGAUGACAUGGAGUGAAAAUGGAAAAGAUCUUGGAGGAAUGUAUCUUUUUACAGCGGCUGUUACUAAGGAAGAUGUUGAACGUUAUCCUACGCCUAAGAAAUUCUGCCACGAAGGAAUAUUAGAUUGGAAGAAUUUGGAUUGGGUUAUGCAUCCAGAUAACUCAGGUGUUGUAGACAAUGUGAAGGUGAUGCUAACAAAUUUGUUCGAAGCUUCUGAGCGAUCCUUAUUUGUUACUAAAUAUUGGGAUGGAAAACUAGCUGGGGUGGACUAUAUGCCUACCGGUCACUAA